CUGAUGAUGGCAUCUCCCAGUGCGGCUUUCUGGCUUUCUGCAUCCCCGGGCAAUUUCGCUCGUCGCCGAUAGGACAGGGUCCGGAGCUGCUAGGCGAGAGACACUCGGGGCACGUCCCCGCCAUUGUCCAGUGAACCUUAACGGGGCCUGUAGGGAGGGAUUGGCUGAUGAAAUGCUCCGUGUGUGGAUAUGGAUAUGGGCAUAUGAUGCUGGCGUUUGGCGUGGUGGUGGUGAGUUGCGAUGGGGGAACUCAGGGCGUCAUUUCCAACCAUGCAGGCUGGGAGAAGAGAGGGGGGAGACGGAUCCUUUGCGAUAAUUCAGUAUUCCAGUCGGCGACAUCUGGUGGCUGUGCGGCGCUCGGCGGUUGUGGUUGUGAUACCGAACCUCCCUGCUGCAUACAAACAGCCCUCGACCUCGACUUUUUGGCCAAACGGAGCACGGGCACGGGCUCCAGCACUAGCACACGCUUGAACGUGCCCGCCCGUGUGGAGCUUCAGGGGGGCUGCAAGUCAUGAGUCUUCUGCAUCAUCAAGCAGAUGCCGCAGUCAAAGCACAUCGCCCUCGGCCCUAUCAGAAUCUCAUCAAGAUGAUGCAACGCUGAUAUUUGCCACCACUAACCUAUUCCACGCCUAGGUAGGUUGCAUUCAUGAGGAAGGGGAGGAGAAGAUGGAUGACAUGGAUGUUAUAUCUAAAUAAUGGAGAGGACAAGACUCCAACGAAACAAUAUGCUGGAUCGCGGAGGCAUAAUCAAAGCAGAUGAGCCCCCUUGAGAAACGACCGUUUACGGAUCAUAGCUGGUUGACAUGCAUGCUUCCGUAGAGAAAGAGUUAUCUUUGCG